UUCCCGAUAAAUGAUGGCAAAUAAAUUCGGCGUUGACUAAUUUGAAAGGUUAUCCAUUAAUCGUUUAACGGGCACGUCGAUAAGAUUGAUAUCGCGUUUUACGUUCGCAGCUGAUAAGAGUGAUUUUAGUAUGUAAACAAAAACAGAGCCGCUUGCUUUGUUUGACUGUAAACAAUUUCCGGGGAAAAUUGCGUUAGUAUCUGACGUUGUGAUUGGACGAAGACGUUGACUGCGUUUUUGUUUUGUGAGGAAAUUUUUGUGUUUGGAUUUUUGUUUUUGGUACAGUAGUUUGGUAGGAAAGACAGCGAGCGUAGAUAUCGACUGAACGCGACCCUGAAACAGCGCGUGUAGUCGCUGCUAUACUCGCGCAGUGCAGUGAGCAAGUGUUAGUGGCCAUAAUCAUGGCGAAUCCUAGAAAAUUUAGUGAAAAAAUAGCGCUACAUACGCAUAGGCAGGCCGAGGAAACGGCUCGUUUCGAACAAAUAAUGAAAGAAGUCUCCGAUGCGACUGCUAGGGUUCACCCUGAUCGUGGCUCCAAUAAAAAUGCUCUACGAGUUAACAGCAGUCAAGCACUGGGGUCAUUUCGAGGGGGAUCCCUGCCAAACGUAUCAGCAGGGACCCCCACCGUCAAGACUACGUCGCAUAUCACUGAUUCUAAGCCUGAAGAUCCGAUACAAAUGAAAAUCCAAUAUAACAGAGAAGGUAGAUCGUCACGUCCACAGGGCGGUCCGAUGCGAAGGCCGCCCGAUAGAAAACACGAUACCUCGCCCUACUCAAUUAGCCCUUUUUUAAGUCCUCCGUCAGAUACAGGCUGGAGACGCACAAAUAGCGAUUCAGCUUUGCACCAAAGUGCCAUGCAGGGUGGAAUGGGUGGUGAACGAAAGGAGAACUCGAGUAGUAGGUGGAUGUUGCAAACGUUAAACGGUCCAGAGCAACACGACGGACGGCCAAGAUCGUGCGAGGUGCCUAGGGUACCUGGAAUAAACAUAUACCCUUCGGCGCAUGAACCAGGUACUGUACAAAUACCAAUAGGUAACAAUACAGGUUCAUUGCCUGAUCUUACUAGUGUUCAUUUUCCAUCACCUAUUCAUACCCCUCUUGACCAAGAUCAGGACCAGGGUAGUUCACCUUACAGCUCUAGUCCUGUCAAUACAAGUCCAUCAUCGACGUUAUCACCAACUAGUGUUCCAGCAGGUGUCCGGCAACAGCAAGGGCGCUUUCCGUUUUCAGGUCCUCCAAUCUCACAUCAUCAAAAUCAUUUGUCAGUUCCAGUUAAUUCUAGGUAUCUUCAUCAUAAUAAGGGUGUAGCAUUAGAAAACAACCUCAUAACGUUAUUAGAAAAGACAGAUUACACGCAACUUAGCGGAAUGGGAUCAAUAUAUCAACAAAUACCCCCUCAAUCGCCAUCACCGACGUUACAACAGCCGGGUUAUAGAAGUCCUAGACCGAGUCCGCAGUCGUCUCCCGGCGUCGGCCACCAUUCCGCACCGUGUAGCCCGGGUGCACCUAGUCCGCUAUCGAACGACUAUUUGUUAAAUCAACACCAAGCAAAUCAGCUGCAGCAACAUUUUGAACAAUUCUCGAUGGGCGUGGAUUGGGCACAACUGGUUGCCAGCCUUGUCGAGUCAGGCUGCACAUGGACUGCUCAAGUGCAGGUGGACCAACCUCUUAGUCCAGUUAGCAAUAUGUCGUACGUCGAUCAACCGGGGACAAUUCACCUUACGCAGACGCAAUCGCAAACGCUGUCUGAUAUUACCGGCGUCGGGACCGCGGAACUGUCCGGCGAUGCAGGUUACUACAGCACAUCUCCGUCGCAAAUGGUCUACCCCACAGCUCCAGCUAGUCUACAUACAACACCAAAUACUCCAACUAGCAUACCUGAUAUUAUACUAACAGAUUAUCUUCUAGACUUUUCAACGGCAGAUGAUAUUACAAGACAGGAACUGACAUUAUCAAAACAGCUAGAAGCCGAACUGCUUUCCGAGGAAAGUUUGCGCGAGGGCCUAGGUCCAAUCGAUCUAGACGGAUUGCAGAUGCUAUCCGACCCUACGAUAAAUCUCAUUUCGGAUGGUGUAGAAGACAACUUCCGACUCGAUCGAUCAUAACAAUGAAAUUUCCUCUUCUUGAUAUAUUAAGAGGUAGUCUUAAUUUAUCAUUUGAAUAGCAUCUCAAGCCCCCUCAACUUAGUUUCAGAUAUAAACUUAUAUUAAGUGUGAUCGUAGACUUUUAGUGACUUCCUAACAGUGUGGCCAACAUAGUGAUUAUAAGUUGUUUCGACUUGGUGAUACUGGUUUGAUUUUAAUUAUAAGAAACAUCACAUAUUUAAACAAAAUAGCAGUUAGAAUUUGUUGUACCUGAAACGGGGAAUUAUGAAAAUUCCUUAUUGCUAUAAUUUUAUUGAAUUUUGUACACUGGUGGCUUUAAAUGAUUUUUCUCACACAUUCAUUUUAUCACCAAGCAUUCUUUGAGUGACGAAAAAGUAAAUUAGAAAGACUGAUUCUGAUACAGCGUUGUGUCUGUAAUUUAUACAAACGAAUAUUCGAAUUUUUCUAAGUUUAAAUCCUUAAAAGACCUUGGGUUUUUCAUAUUGUACUAUUUACGUAGGUAUAAAUUCAAUUAUACAAUAAAUUUUUAUAUAUAAGACAUUGUAGAGAAUAUGUUUUUGUAAUAUACAUUGUGGCAAUGUAGUUCAAUUAGUUUCAGAGGUGUUUGUACAAAAGAUUUUAUUUGUAUAGUUUAAGUGUUUCAGAUUUUAUUUUUGAGAAAUGUGUGUAUGCCGUAGGUAGAUGUUUUUUUUUCAUAGUCUCAAGUUUUUCUAAUUUUGCUUAGGCUUACAAACUAAAAAUUUUAUCAAAUGACAACAAUUUAUUUAUAUUUUAGCAAUCUCCUAUCUUGCCAUUCGUUAUAUACUUCUGGAUUUUAUUGUGCAAUAUUAAAUUGUUAGUUUUUAUUUCAAAUUUUACAUGACUUUAUUUAUUUCUUUUUUUUUUGUAAAACACUCAUAUCAGCCAUAAUCACGAAGGCGCUCAGUAUGAUCUUGAUGCAUUUAUACAAGAUGAGAGUUUUUACAAACAAGCUACUUGAUUUUAUUCUUAGCGUAGUAAUAGAUAACUGGGGUGAGUGUCUUGCACAAAUCAUACAAUGUGCACAGUCUUAUUAUUUUGUCAGUCUAGAAUAGAACGCACAAUUCCAAUGAAAUUGGAAAAAAAAAUGUGGUACUUUGUACCAAUAGGCGGCUCUCUUAUACAUUAUUAGGUAAUUGUAGGUUACC